AUGGCAGAUCACCUUUGUGUACUGAUUCACGGUCUAUGGGGCAACCCAGCGCACCUUGAUUAUAUUGUGUCCUCUCUUCGAGAAAAGUACGACGAACCGUCAUUACAAAUAUUGUGUCCAAAGAGCAACGCAGGAACUCUCACAUAUGACGGCAUUGAGCUUGGCGGAGAGCGGGUAGCACAUGAGGUGGAAGAAGCAAUUAAGAGCUCUGCCGAGCAGGGACACAAGAUUCGCAGGUUGAGUGUGGUAGGUUAUUCAUUGGGUGGGUUGAUUGCUCGAUAUGCUAUCGGCCUACUCUAUGCCAAGGGGUAUUUUACAGACAUUGAGCCCGUCAACUUUACGACCUUUGCUUCACCACAUGUCGGUGUGAGAAGCCCUAGGAGAACAAGCCAUUUCUGGAAUGUCCUCGGUGCCAGAUGCGUUUCGACCUCAGGCCGACAGCUUUUUAUGAUUGAUUCAUUUCGUGACACUGGAAAACCACUCCUUAGUAUUCUUGCUACCCCCGGAAGCAUAUUUAUGCUGGCACUUGCGAAAUUCAGGCAUCGGACCCUAUAUGCCAACGCUGUUAACGACCUAAGUGCGGUUUAUUACACAACCGCAAUAUCUAAGACAGAUCCCUUCACACAGGUAGAUGAUCUCUCGAUAAGCUUUGUCGAUGGCUAUGCACCGAUAGUCAUUGACCCCGAUCGACCAAUACUUCUCAGAGCAAAAUCCCAGUCCCUUCUUGGUCGAUUAAUUUCCUAUGCCUAUUCUACGAUAUCAGUACUCUCGUUUCGAUUAUUUAUAUUCAUCAUUGUCGGUUUUGUUUCUGUGAUAUUCUUAGCAAACGCAGUUUACCAGACCAUCCUGAGUGAGAAACGCAUCCGCCUGCAUGAACAAGGUAGAUCCGGGGUAGUUUACAAUGCCUACAGGGUCCCACUACUUAUGAGGGGAUUCCGGAACGCUGCUGAGGAUAUGUACGAAACCGUGAAUGCUGCACAAAAACCGGAGUAUAUCUCAGGAUCAACCCCACACCCUAAUGAGAGACCCCCAACACUUACACAAUCACAUCCCGCCGCUGCUGUAUACCCUCUAACGGAGCCUGUUCGAAUCACGGAUAAUGUCGCCACUCAUGAGCCCAGGAAAGCUACAUUUCCUACUCUUGCUCUAACUGCUGCUCAAUUUCAAAUUAUUGAUAAUCUUGACUCGGUUGGGUUCCGCAAAUACCCGGUAUAUAUCCAUGAAGUUCGGCAUAGUCAUGCAGCUAUCAUUGUCAGGUCACCUAGGGAAUCAUUCAAAGAAGGGAAGAUCGUUGUGAGGCACUGGCUGGAAGAAGAAUUCCGUAUCUGA